GCUAGCUUUGAGAAGACAUCGAUGAAGAGGAAACCGAUCGCCGGCGCCAUGGCUCGGGCCAGGGCGACCUUGUUGCUCGGGCUGUUCCUCGCCGAACUGCUCGUCAUGGUGGCAACGGCUCCCUUUGCUGCUGCGGCGGCGGGCGCCUCGACGGCGACGAAGGGCUCCGGAGGGCCGAUCAUCGGCAUCGACCUGGGCACGACCUACUCGUGCGUGGGCGUCUACCGGAACGGGCGGGUGGAGAUCAUCGCCAACGACCAAGGGAACCGGAUCACGCCGUCGUGGGUGGCCUUCACCGACACCGGCGAGCGGCUCAUCGGCGAGGCCGCCAAGAACCAGGCCGCCGCCAACCCGCUCCGCACCAUCUACGACGCAAAGCGCCUCAUCGGCAGGCAGUUCACCGACGCGGAGGUGCAGCGGGACAUGAAACUGCUACCGUACAAAGUGGUGGAGAAGAACGGGAAGCCGCACGCGGAGGUGGAGAUCAAGGCCGGCGACGUCAGGCUGCUGAGCCCGGAGGAGGUCAGUGCCAUGGUGCUCACGCGCAUGAAGGAGACGGCCGAGGCCUACCUCGGCGAGAAGGUGCGGGACGCCGUGAUCACCAUCCCGGCCUACUUCAACGACGCGCAGCGCCAGGCCACCAAGGACGCCGGCGCCAUCGCGGGGCUCAAUGUCGUCCGCCUCAUCAACGAGCCCACCGCCGCCGCCCUCGCCUACGGCCUCGACAAGGUGGACGAGAAGAAGGAGAAGAACGUCCUCGUGUUCGACCUCGGCGGCGGCACCUUCGACGUCAGCAUACUCGCGCUCGACGGCGGCGUCUUCGAGGUCCUCGCCACCAACGGCGAUACCCACCUUGGCGGCGAGGACUUUGACCAGCGCGUCAUGGACCACUUCAUCCGGCUCGUCAAGCGGAAGCACGGCGUCGACGUCUCCGGCGACGCCCGCGCGCUCGGCAAGCUCCGCCGCGAGUGCGAGCGCGCCAAGCGGGCGCUCAGCAACCAGCACCAGGUUCGCGUCGAGAUCGAGUCGCUGGCGGACGGCGUCGACCUGUCGGAGUCGCUCACCAGGGCCCGGUUCGAGGAGCUCAACGCCGACCUCUUCCGCAAGACCAUGGCGCCCGUCAAGAAGGCCAUGACGGACGCCGGACUCUCCAAGGGCGAGGUCGACGAGGUCGUGCUCGUCGGCGGCAGCACCAGGAUCCCCAAGAUCCAGCAGCUCCUCAAAGACUACUUCGGCGGCAAGGAGCCCAACCGGGGCGUCAACCCCGACGAGGCCGUGGCCUACGGCGCCGCCGUGCAGGCGAGCAUCGUGGCCGGCGACAACGCCGGCAUGGUGGUGCUCGACGUAACACCGCUGACACUCGGCAUCGAGACCGUCGGCGGCGUGCUGGCGAGUGUGGUGCCCCGGAACACGCCUGUGCCGACGAAGAGGACCAAGAUGUUCACCACCUACGAGGACAGGCAGACCACGGUCACGAUCAUGGUGUUCGAGGGCGAACGGAGCAUGACGAAGGACAACAGGCUGCUCGGCAAGUUCGACCUCACCGGGAUCGCACCGGCGCCGAGGGGCACGGCGCAGAUCGAGGUGACAUUUGAGGUGGACGUCAACGGCAUCCUCCACGUGCGGGCGGCGGACAAGGGAACCGGCAAAUCGGAGAAGAUCGAGAUCGUCAGCGCCGCCGACCGCCGCAUCACCCAGGAGGAAAUCGAUCGCAUGGUGCGCGAGGCGGAGGAGUUCGCUGAAGAGGACAAGAAGGUGAAGGAGAAGGUGGACGCGCGGAACAAUCUGGAGGCGUAUGUGUACAGCGUCCGGACGACAGUCGACGGCGAGAUGGGCAGGAGGAUGGACGGCGACGACAAGGAGAAGGUCGAGGAGGCGGUGAGGGAGGCCAGCGAGUGGCUUGACGCCAGCCUGAACGCCGAGAAGGAAGACUUCGUGGAGAAGCUUAAGGAGCUCGAGGAUGUCUGCAACCCUGUCUUCGCCGCGGCCUACGAGAAGUCCGGUGGUGGUCAGGACGAGGACGACCAUGACGAGCUUUAGGCUUUCAUUUACAGUACUACUAGUAGUUUUUUUUUUCAUAGCUUAGUAAGACUAUUAUGGUUUUCACUUACGUGUAGUUUGUUCUUAUAGCUUCGUAUAUAAGAGAUUAUUAGGCUUGAUUCCUUGUACUACGCAUUGGUUAGUUUUAGUUUUUUGGCUUCUUCAAAAUACUCCAGGAAUACAUUGUCUGGCUAGAUAGUACUAUAUUUUCGAA